AAUUUCUCUCAUUUUAAUUAAAAGCAAAAACUUUCUAGGAAUGGAAAUUUCUGAUGAUAGCAGUUGCAGUGAACGUAACAACACCAUUUUAUCAACAAAUUCGCCUUUCCCUGAAGACCUAAUAAAAAAUGUUUCAAUCUUUGUUUUAAAAAAACAUACAAAAUUUGAAAGAAUUAUAGCUAGAGCAGAAAAGGAUUUUUCGGACGAAAAUAUUAGAAAACUUAUUUUUCAAGGAACAGGCAGUGGUUGUGAAAAAUGUAUUUGUUUUGCUGAAGUUUUUAAACAAAAAAUUAAACAACCUAUUUUUCAAUGGAAUGUAUUAAGAAAAACUCAGAGCAACAAUAAAUCAAGCGAGAAUGAUAAAGAAAGAAAUUUAAUAACUCCAGAAAUGUUUAUUUUGAUCUCGAAAGAUCCGUUUCCUGAGGAAUAUCAAUGUUUAAGUCAGCAGACAAAAAAAUUAAAUGAGGAUAAUGUUGUUAAUCCAGAAUUUGAUUUAAAAGACUUGGAAGAGAAUCAAAAAAAGAAACAAGUUGGCAAACAAUUUUUGAAACAAAAUAGAAACAAAAAGGCGAACAGAUGGCGAAGACCGGAUAAAAUUGCAAAGAAGAAUGUCAAAAAGUAG